AUCUCUGGGAGUUGUGGGAUUUUUGCUGUGGUUUAGUCCCAGCUAUGGAUAUUAUACUUCACAGUUGUUUCUUUUUUUACUUAAAUGUACUGUAUCGACAGCACUCUUUGACGUUUACUAAGAUAAAAUAAAUAACAUGGCUGUCAUUUGGGCACCUCGGUAAGCAGUCUGCUGGAGUGGGCAGUGUGUCUCUUAUUUUUCCCUUCCAUGAUCAAGCCGAAUGACUUUCGGUGAGCAGUCUACACAAACAGCAGUCGACAUCAGAACCCGAGUGUGUCAAAUUGUACUGAGAAUUUCAGCGACAUGGCAUCAGCACAGUAUGAGAAGAAACCACAGCCUGGCGACAUGAUAGAAAUCUCCCGCGGAUCCUACGAGCAUUGGGCCAUAUACGUCGGCGAUGGCUUUGUUGUUCAUUUGGCCCCAGAAUCGGAGGUCCCGGGUGCGGGCAUCAACAGUUUGAUGUCCAUCGUGUCGGACAGAGCCAUCGUGAAGAAGGAGGAGCUGUGGAAGGUAGUGGGUGACAGCCGCUGGCAAAUCAAAAACUUACUGGACGACAAGUACCAACCCCGCCCUGUCUACUUGAUUGUGAGGAACGCCCUCGAAUUGGUGGGGAAGGUGCUGCCAUACUGCCUUUUCAGAGAAAACUGCGAGCAUUUUGCCACCCAGUUGCGUUACGGCAAGCCUGAAUCCCGACAGGUACGUCAAGCGGUAGAAGCGACUAUGUUGACAGGCCUGAUGACACUGGGUGUUUUAGGUUUUGCAGCCCUGGCAACAAAACUGCUUGGAAAUGGCAAGGAAAAGCACAAAGAGUAGCAGAACACCGAUGUGAUAGUACUGCUGGAAUUCAUUCACCAGCAAAGCUACAUACAUAACGAAAGGAGUCGCUUACUCAUGUUCAAUAGGAAACUAUAUAUCACGUCACAAGUAGCAGCAUUAGCUCAAUAAUUAAAGGGCCGAGCAGCAACUGCUGCAGGGUCCUAAUACAGUAUAUGUCUAGAAUAAUAAUUGUAAGAAUGAUUCACUUCUGUGCCAUUUUUGACAACUGUUGAAUUCAAGCAUCCAUGUUUACAUGGAGCCCUGGCAGCGAAUGAGUUGAAGUUUGUCAUUAGGAAAACACUAACAGAAUUAUACUCAUGUUUUUAUAUUCUAAUAAAGCCAUGGUUUGACAACAA